CAUAGGCGAGGCUUUAAGAAUCGAUAGUCUUGUCUAGCAAGCUUUGGCGGUCUCAACACCCAACAGACGAUGUGUAGCCUCAGACGCCAACGAUGACAUGUUAAAGCGGUCAUGCCGUUAGAUUCGGGCCGCCUCCUUUUUACAUUGGGCGUCUGGAAUUUGGAGGCUGCAUUUCGAACACACUCGGCGCACGACGGCGCAAGUAAGCGGUCUAAACAACCGUGGAAAUCCAACCACCGGGCAAAAUCGCAGUUCUUGUUCGUCGAGAAUGACCGUCCGAGGUGGUAGUACGAGCUCAUUUCCAAGAAUGUUCAAUGCCACCGACCAUGAAACAAGAGAAAACCCACACUUUGCCGUUGUCGGUAUUACACGACGCACUCGAGCAGUUACAUCACAUCUAUCGAAAUACCAUCAUGACUUGUCGCUCCGAGAGGCUCCGUGGAUGCAUUAACUCUAGCCCUGUCUCGCCGUAUUUAGCACACCUGGGCAAAUUGUUCGCAUCGACUGCAACCAUGCUCUGCUCCGUUGACGGCAGAGUCAGAGGCAAGAGCUUGUUGUUUCAUUAUCGCGGAAGUCUACCCGUUCAAUCGUGGUGCGACAUCUGCUGCGCCGUCACGCAUUGUCAGGGUCAAUGUGAUACAGCGUACCCGGGCCUGCAUGCGCUGUGUCACCUGGGUUUAUACCUACUGUCAACCUCGUGGCUGCAACAUCCCAACGCAACAAGUCGAUUGUUAUGUUCGUGCGCAUCCCUCUCAUCCCGAAGCCUAAUUUCACGAUCUCAGCUUCUCGGAGAAGGGCUGAAGAGCGGAAUCGCAACUAACAUCGAUGUGCCGUGCCAUGCCUUAGUUCCUCCGGAAAGAUCCUUACGCGUUGACCCUUUUCCACGCUUGGCUUGUCCAGCUCUCGCUACGCGCCUGGUCUGUGAUGACAUUUCCCCUGCCAAGCGUACGUAAGUGCGUUGCUGGGCUGGCUGAGUGGCCGCCUUUCCUGUUCCUAUGUGAAUCCCCGCGCGGCUCAGGGGGAUUACGGGACGAGGGGCGAAUCAUGUCUUUUCAGCCGUAAACAUGACUUAGGCCUACCGCCAGAUACUCGCCACACAUUUGCCAAUAUUGGUCAAGGGCGCUCAUAGUGUACCUUUCUCCUCCUGCUCGCGGUGGAGCAUUCAAGGCUGCCAGUAACUCGUG